AUGUCUGCCAACCUCACUGAAGAACAGAUUGCUGAGUUUAAGGAAGCUUUUGCUUUGUUCGAUAAAGACAACAAUGGGUCAAUCUCUUCUUCGGAACUGGCCACCGUAAUGAGAUCUUUGGGCCUAUCCCCUAGUGAAGCAGAAGUCGCUGACUUAAUGAAUGAAAUCGAUGUGAACGGUAACCACAGAAUUGAGUUUAGCGAGUUUCUAGCCUUGAUGUCUCGCCAACUGAAGUCCAAUGACUCAGAGCAAGAGUUGCUUGAGGCAUUUAAAGUAUUUGACAAAAAUGGUGACGGGCUGAUCUCUGCAGCCGAACUGAAACAUGUGUUGACCUCCAUUGGUGAGAAGUUGACUGAUGCUGAGGUAGAUGAGAUGUUGAGAGAAGUGAGCGAUGGAAGUGGUGAAAUCAAUAUUAAACAAUUUGCUGCUCUUUUAUCUAAAUAA